AAUGACUGGACUACAUUGACAGCAUAUCUUUGAGUAGAACUCGUAGGUCUAUUUACAGAUGAAGAAAAAGUUCAUUGUUCAAAAAGUGGCAAAUUAGACAAAUUCAUGACAUAACAAAAUAACAAUCGUGAUUUUAGAGGUUUUGGAGCGUUUAGCUGGUUUUAAUAAAUUAUAAAUUACGUUCAUAAAUUAAACACAAGGUAUUUCAAAUAUUUUGCCAAAUGGAUUGUAAAGAAUUUGCGUCUGGUGAUAGCAAAACAAUUACACAAUCCACGGAUAUGAAAGAAGAUACUUUCCAUGACAUUUAUCAAGGCACGGCCCAAGCUAAUGAAGCCAAUGAAACCGACGAAGCCACUGAAGAAAUGGAAGAAAAUAAGGAAAUCGGCAAUCAAGAUGCUAUAUCAACCAGAAUGAUUGAUGAAAACGAGAUAAAAUUAAAAGAAAGAGUAGCACAAUGUAAAAGCAUAAUCGCAUCACUAAAGUUGGAGCUUAAUGAAGAGAAAAUUAAAUUAGAAAAAGAUGCAAAAGAGGUUCAGUUACAACCUAAAGAACCUCUACACGGACUCACUUCAAAUAAUGCUUAUAGUUUCAAAACAGAAACUGAUUUUCCCGAUUCAUACAAUGUUAAUCUAUAUUCUGCUUCAGUAGACAGAAAACUAAAUUGUGAUGAGAGUUUAAUGGAAUAUGAAAAACAAUUGCAACGAUAUCAAAACACCCUUAAUAUGGCUCAAGUUGAGAAAAAGAAUGCAAUCAGAAAGCAAAUGUUAGCUAAUGCUUUUAAAUUGAAACUUAUGGAGGUUGAAAAUCAAUGUAAUAUAGAGCUUUUACGAAUUAAACAAAGUUUACAGUGCCUAGAACCUUUAAAAAUGAUAAUACAAAAAUGGAAAGUCAACAGUAACGAUAAUGUAGAUUUGAUCAAUUUCGAGCUCAUCCCUCGGUAUCCCGAACUCAGUGCAAAUUCCGGAAGUGACAUCACAAACACGUCUAGUAAAGAUAACUUUAAUAACAAAAUUACUACUUCCAAUCUAAUUGAGAAACACGAAUAAGUUUAUUUUAAUAAUAUGUAUUUCGUUCUAACUUUAUUUGGAAAAAUUAUUUA